UUCGCAGCCACCCGCCGCCCGCCGCCCGGGUUGUCCAAGAUGGUGGGCACUCGGCGGGCACCGCUUGCCCUCCAGCUGCUCCUUCUCGUGGUGCUGCCGGCCGCCGCGCGGCUGACGACUGGCGCCCCUGAGCCGCUGCCGCUGUCGUCCCGAGCCCCACAGGCUGGCAUCAGAAUUAACGUAACUACCGUGCAGGAUGAUGGGGAGACAUCUAAAAUACAGGUUGUUCUUAACAUCACCUAUGAGAGUGGACAGGUAUAUGUAAAUGACUUCCCUGUAAAUAGUGGUGUAACUCGAAUAAGCUGUCGGACUUUGAUUGUGAAGGAUGAAAAUCUGGAAAAUUUGGAGGAAAAAGAAUAUUUUGGAAUUGUGAGUGUAAGGAUUUUAGUUCAUGAGUGGCCUAUGACAUCUGGAUCCAGUUUGCAACUAAUUGUCAUUCAAGAAGAGGUACUAGAGAUUGAUGGAAAACAAACUCAACAAAAGGAUGUCACUGAAAUUGAUAUUUUAGUUAAGAACCAGGCAGUACUCAGACAUUCAAACUACACCCUUCCUUUGGAAGAAAGCAUGCUGUACUCUAUUUCCCGAGACAAUGACGUUUUAUUUACUCUGAAUGUGGAGACCACUGUAGAUGAAGAUGCUUUACCUGGCAAAUUACCUGAAACUCCUCUCAGAGCAGAGCCUCCAUCUUCAUAUAAGGUAAUGUGUCAGUGGAUGGAAAAGUUUAGAAAAGAUCUCUGCAGGUUCUGGAGCAAUGUUUUCCCAGUAUUCUUUAUGUUUUUGAACGUCAUGGUGAUUGGAAUUGCAGGAGCAGCUGUGAUAAUAACCAUUUUAAAGGUGCUUUUUCCACUUUCUGAAUACAAAGGAAUUCUUCAGUUGGAUAAAGUGAAUGUUAUACCUGUGACGGCCAUCAACUUAUAUCCAAAUGAUCCUGAGAAAACAUCUGAAAACCUUGAAGAUAAGACAUGUACUUAAAAAAAAAACACCAUCUCAAAUCAUGGAAUUUGCCACUUGAAUAUAAUUUUUCAAAAAUCAGUAAGAAUCAGUUUAUACACUAGAGAAAUUGCUAAACUCCUAAGACUGCCUGAAAAAUUGACCUUAACAGUGCCAAGUUAAAAGUUCACCUUUUUCUCUAAAAGGGCUGGCUAUUGAGGUGAUGGAAAAUUUAAACAAAGUAGAAGACAAGACCUGUGAAGAGACUUUUAAAUUAUAUAUAUAAAAAACACAAAACAGGCAAGAAAAAAAUGCCAUGUGCCAAUAACAUUUCAAGGUGCCUUUGUUGAGGAAAUUAUAUUCACUUAAUUACUAUAAUAUAUAAGACUUUAUGAAAAGCACUUUAUAAAAUUCUAAUUUAAAAGUUCAAGAACUUAGUAACACUUUUUUAUGCAGUACAAUGUGCCUUUAUAUUAAGUAUAUGUCUCAGUAUAAAAUUCUUGACAUACAUUGUGACUUGUGUCCUGUACCAAGACUACUUGAAUGCACCAGGAUUUAAAAGUGGUAGUGACAUGUUCUCACUCUAAAAUAAACUUUUUUGAAGAAAAAAGUAUAGCUGUUUUGGUUACAGAUAAUAAAAACUUUGCCCAGGAGAUAAUUACUUUAUAGUUCCUUUCAUUUACACUGGCUAAAACCAAGGCUCAAAUCAGUCGAGUCCAUCAGUAUCAGGGACUGCACUGUGUCCUUCAUCUUGGGAUUCUAGGUACAGUGCUAUUUACCCUAAGGUGGUGUUUUAUCCUGCUUUUUUAAACCAUCACUUAUAUUGACAUAUUUUAUAAAGUGACCUAGUACAU